GCAGCUGAGCCGCCGCCAACGAGCGCCUGUCCGCUUCGCACUCCGCGGCACUCCGCCUGCACUGCACCGCGGCGCAGCCUAGCGCGGGUCAGCUCGGCUCCGCUCCCCGGCUCAGCAGCGCUGCGCUCGCUCCCGAGCGCCCCGAGCCCGGCUCGCCCCCGCUCCGCGCAGCCCGUGCACCCCCGUACCCUUGCGUGGGCCCCGGGAUCUCCCAGCACCAUGCACGUCUCCCAACUGCUGAUCGGGACGCUGCUGCUGACGCUCCUCUCCCUCGGCUCCGAGGCCAAGCCGGCGCAGCAGAAGCCCCAGCGGAGCCCGGCGCCCGCAGAGGAGCUGGCGGAGCCCCAGGGCGCAGCGGCCGGGGACAAGAAGGGAGCCAAGGCGGCGGCGGGCGGCGGCGGGGCCAACGCCAAGGGCGCCAACGCGCGGCUGCUGCGCGACUUGCGCGUGGAAACCCGCUCGAAGGCGGCCUGGGCGCGUCUGCUGCACGACUACCCGAACGCGCGCAAGUACCGAGGCGUCACCAGGAAGGCCUGGUCCAAGGGCUGCUUCGGCCUCAAGCUAGACCGCAUCGGCUCCAUGAGUGGCCUGGGAUGCUGAGGCGGCGCCCCCUGGCGGCGGACCACAGCUCACUGAAAGCAUCCUGCCCCGAAACAUCUGGAAUCAUCUCCAACGACUGUGGCUUUCCCGUUCCUUUGGGCUUUUGUUUCCGGGAUGGGGACACACCACCAGCUGUUUGAUUCUUGUUUGGGGAGGGAUGUUCUUCUUGUCAAUGGGUUGUUGUUAUCUUUCUCAAAAUCAAAAAUAAAAGUUAUAUAUUAUAAAUUAUAUAUAUUAUAUACAUGAAACACCCCCUUACCCUGACCCCCACUUUAUGGAGACACGAAGACAAGAAAUCGUUUUUCCGUGACUGACGAGGCCAGCAAUAUAUCGAACCUUGCUGUUUGUAAAUUCAUGUCAUGCAUAAAUGUAUUUAUGUUGUAAAGCUAUUUAUAUUGUUUAUAAAGAGAUAUUUAUAAAAAAAAUUUAUUUCUGUAACUAAAUGAAGGGAGUCCAUCAUUGUAAUGUACUUGUCCUCGAUAGUUGGAAAAUGUAAAAAGCAUCCCGUGAAUAUCUGGACAGCUGUCUUUAUUUAUUCAACCUCUGUGUUUCUUUUGGAAGGGCAGAACGGUCCACGGGUUCUUGAUUUUUUAAGUUUUAUGGAUGUCCUUAUUUUUUUAAUGUCUCCAUCAUUUUCUGCUAGACUAUGGUAUGGUACAAAGAGGACUGGAUUUGGUGACCUCCCCAGCUCAUUCAAAUCCCGGCUCUUCUGUCAUAUUCUUAAGUAAGUCCUUGAAUCUCUGUGGGCCUCAGUUUUCCUCAUCUGUAAAAUGGGAGUGGGGGAAGGGUGAACUAGAUCACCUCAAAGGUAGAAAGUUCCUACCUUGAGGGAAGGAACUAUUUGGUUGUUGUUUUUGUAUUUUCUGCACUUAAUUCUAUGCCUGGCUAAUAAUAAGAACUUAAUAAAUGCUUAUUGAAUGAAUAUA